AUGGCCGACCAACAGCCUUAUGGUUCCGACUCAACCCCACAGCCUCAACAACCUCCCACUCUUACUCCGAUCUCUCUACCAACACAUAGCUCAGGCCCCUCUCCUGUUCCCCUCCUCCGACCCGCCAUUCCUGGCGCCAGAAGUGGUGGAGCUCGCACACCGAGACUUGGACUUGCUAUUCCCCCAUCACCCAAUGCCAAAGCUCUAGGCAACCAAGGGCAACCGGUGGCCGCCCCCUCGAGGCCUCCUCUACCGACGUUGCAUCUCGCAACUCCCAUGGGUAGUCAGGUCACUCCUCAUGAACAGCUUCCUCGAUCUCAAUGUGCUACCCAACCAUCAGCCGGCGGCGGCAGUGAGAGUAGCGCUGCUCACUCCAGGUCUGGUAGCUUCGGACCUCUGGAUGGUAGAGCAAGCAAUCCCACCUCUGCGGGAUCUCAGUACUCAGCCCUGUCAUUUGCUUCGCAAUAUGGCAUUGGAGUGUCAAGACCUCAGGGAACUCCAGACCCUGUGUCUGCCGUAGGGUCUAUAUACUCUGAAAGAAGCGAAGGUGGUGUAUCUAUGGAGCGAGAUGGAAGCCUGCAAGGACUCGAGGCCUUUGAUAAGCUGAGCCUUGAGAAGGCUAGGACUCUCGAUGUCGACGAACUGGACGAAGAGGGAUGGAGAAUUGCCAGCUUGGAGAAGAGAAUUGUCGAAAUAGAUGGCCUUGGUGAAGGUGCUGGUGGCGCUGUAACAAGAUGCAAGCUCAAGGGUGGUAACACUAUUUUUGCCCUGAAGGUCAUUACUACGAAUCCGGACCCAGAUGUCAAGAAGCAGAUCCUCAGAGAGCUAGGGUUCAACAAGGAGUGCGCUUCAGACCACAUUUGCAAAUACUACGGUGCGUUCGUCGACCCUGCCACAGCCACUAUCUCUAUCGCGAUGGAGUUCUGUGAGGGCGGAUCGUUAGACAGCAUCUACAAGGAGGUGAAACGCCUGGGAGGUCGAACAGGAGAGAAAGUACUGGGAAAGAUCGCCGAGGGUGUACUGGGCGGACUUACAUAUCUGCAUACCCGGCGAAUCAUUCAUCGUGACAUCAAGCCAUCGAACAUUCUGCUUUGCCGAGAUGGAGCUGUCAAACUCUGCGAUUUCGGUGUCUCGGGCGACUUCGGUACUAAGGGCGAGGCCAACACUUUCAUUGGCACCAGUUAUUAUAUGGCACCUGAACGUAUCACAGGCCAGUCUUACACCAUCACCUCGGAUGUUUGGUCAACAGGAGUUACGCUUCUCGAGGUCGCGCAGCAUCGCUUCCCUUUCCCAGCAGACGGCACAGAAAUGCAACCAAGGGCUGGUCUUAUUGAUCUACUUACGUACAUUGUACGACAGAAUGUGCCUAAGCUGAAGGACGAGCCUGAAAUGGACGUGUAUUGGAGUGACAACUUCAAAUACUUUAUCGAGUGCUGCUUGGAAAAACAACCCAAUCGCCGAGCCAGUCCCUGGAAGAUGAUGGAGCACCCUUGGAUGGUUGAAAUGCGUACCAAGCGUGUCAACAUGGUCAAGUAUCUAUCUUUCGUCUGGGGUUGGGAUGACAAGCCAAAGGACUCUUAG